CCCUUUCAAUAGACCAGUGUCUUUUCGAGGGUAGAAACAUAGAUAGUAGAGAAUUCCUCUACUAUCUGGUAGAAACCUCAAGCUAGCUCGUAGUCAAUAAUCAAGAAAGGCUGUGCUGUCGUUAUGGAGUCUCCUACAGCUACCAGAGAGAGCGAGGAGGAUUUAUUGGCGGAGGACAUAUUGGCACAGCUGAACUUUGAUGAGCUCAACAUAACCUCCGCAGACGAUGAAAUCUUGGACGAAACAGAAGCUGCCGGUCACAUCCAGGCUAACCUUGAUGACGAGCUGGUGCAGGAGGCUCUGAGACAGGGCGUGGAUAUGAGGCAGUACUCCCGGCAGAUCGAGUCAGAGCUGCGGAAAGUGGAGCUCAAGUCCAUUGAAGACUAUAUUCGAGAGAGUCGCCACAUCGCCAGCCUCCACUACCAGAUCCACAACUGUGAUAAGAUACUUGCAAGAAUGGAGGACAUGCUGGGCAAGUUCCAGACUGACCUUGGCAGUAUCAGCUCUGAGAUACAGUCUUUACAAGAUCAGUCUCACUCAAUGAGCAUCAAGCUCAAGAACAGACAGGCGGUGCGUGGUGAGCUGAGUCAGUUUGUGUCCGAUGUCACUAUCACAGAGCAUCUUGUACAGCACAUGACAGACACACCUGUUAGCGAGAGAGAAUUUAUUGAAAAUCUUCACGAGUUGGACCACAAAAUCAAAUUCCUUAAUUUACAGAACUUCAACGACUGCCGAGCUGCAUUUGACGUGCGAGAUGUUGUGGACAAACUGAAGAUUAAGGCCAUCUCAAAGAUCAGAGAGUAUCUGUUGCACAAGAUCUAUCAGUUCAGAAAACCCAUGACCAACUAUCACAUGACUCAGAAUCAGCUGCUCAACUAUAAGUAUUUCAAUGAGUUUCUGAUGGCCCACAGCAGAGAGACUGCUCAGCAAGUGAGGUCAGAGUACAUGGACACGAUGGGCAAGAUCUACUACUCAUAUUUCAAGGACUACUACUCCAAACUCAUGAAACUCCAGUUUGAGGAGACGGCUGAGAAGGAUGACUUAAUGGGAGCAGAGGACACGAUGAAGAGAGGCUUCUUCUCUACCAAAACCGUUCUCAAGAAUCGCUCCACCAUCUUCACGCUUGGCAACCGAGACACGGUCCUGACAACAGAGCUGGAGGACCCCAUCAUAGUAGUACCACACGCCCAGCGAGCAGAGAGAAAGUACUCGUUUGAGAGCUUGUUUCGGAGCAUCCACUUUGCUCUGAUGGACAAUGGCUGUCGAGAGUAUCUCUUUGUGGUUGAGUUUUUCAACCUCACUCCCUCGGCCGCUCAGGACUUCUUUGACUCCAUAUUCGGGAGGACACUCGCCUACCUACUGAAGAAUAUAGAGUCUUACACGGAUUCUUGUUAUGACUCCAUUGGUAUCUUCCUGUGUAUCCACGUCAGUCUCCGUUACCAGGCAAUCACCAAGAGGAGGGAAAUACCCUGUCUAGACGAUUACCAUCGUGACCUGGCGUCCAUUCUAUGGCCUCGGUUCCGGCACAUUCUGGAACUAAACGUGACCAGUGUGAAGAACACGGACCCGUCCAAACUAGGCAGCAUUGACACCCGGCCACACUACGUAACACGUCGAUAUGCUGAGUUCUCGGCCGCGCUUGUGGGUAUUAAUCAGAGUCACCCUGACGACCAGGUAGACCACGCUCUCUCCUCGCUACAAGGGGAGGUGGAGAACUUUGUCCUGAGAAUGGCGGCCGAGUUCCCUCAAAGGAAAGAGCAGCUCAUAUUCCUCAUCAACAAUUACGACAUGCUCCUCGCUGUGUUAGCGGAACGGACAUCUGAGGAAUCUAAAGAGUCUCAAAGUUUCAAAAGUCUUCUUCACUCCAGAACACAGGAAUUUGUGGAGGAAGUACUAUCUCCAUAUUUUGGUGGCUUGAUCGGGUUUGUGAAGGACGCAGAGCCGCUGCUUGAGAGAGGAGAGAGGGAUAAGAUACGCAUGGAUGAGCGGCGGAUACAGCAGCUGGUACGAGGGUUCGCUUCCGACUGGAAGAAGUCGAUUGAGACCCUCAACCACGACAUUAUGCAGUCUUUCACUAACUUCAAGAAUGGGACAGCCAUACUCCAGGGUGCUCUGGCUCAGCUGAUUCAGUACUACCAUCGCUUCCAGAAGGUGCUCUCCCAGCAACCGUUCAAAGCUCUACAAAUAAGAGGAGAACUUAUCAACAUUCACCAUCUCAUGGUGGAGGUCAAGAAACAAAAGACUUCUUUUUAGCUAUUAGCUUAGAACACAUUUUAGUUAGUAAGAUUUGUGUUACAAUUGUGUGUUUUCCUCUAAUAAACAAUAUUGAAGAA